CUUCCAAAUUCCAACCAUUUUUCUUCUCUCUUUUUGCUUUAGAAAUUUCAUUAUCUGAAAAUUAAUUACUUUCAACUCAACGUAAGCUACGUUUCCCCCCAGCCCCCUCUUUUUCUUUUGCAGAAUAAUCAUUUAAUUUUUGUUGGCGUACGUGUCGUUUAUAGAGUUGAUUGAAAAGGGGUUUUCGCUUUGAAUUCUGUUAUACUCAUCAAUCAUCAUCCUCUACUCCUAAGUAGGGAAAUAAAUUUCUUUCAAUUUAUUUAUUCGAGAUACAUAAAAAAGAUGGCUGAGCCGCCGGGGAGCCGGCUGCAGAGCUUGCUGCAGGCGGCGGUUCAAAGCGUUGAGUGGACUUAUAGCAUUUUCUGGCAAUUCUGCCCUCAACAAGGAGUUAUAGCGUGGAGUGAUGGAUACUACAACGGAGCAAUAAAGACACGGAAGACGGUGCAGGCGACGGAGGAGAGCGCGGAGGAGGCGACGCGGCAGAGAAGCCAGCAGCUGAGGGAGCUGUACGACUGUCUGGCCGGCGGAGACACCAGCCAGAGGCCCUCGGCGGCCUUGUCGCCGGAGGACUUGACGGAGGCGGAGUGGUUCUACUUGAUGUGCGUCUCCUUCUCCUUUCCGCCGGGAGUAGGGUUACCUGGGAAGGCAUAUGUAGAUAGGCAGCACAUUUGGCUUACAAGAGCAAAUAAGGCCGACAGCACACUCUUCUCCAGAACAAUUCUUGCUGAGAGUGCUAAAAUACAGACAGUGGUAUGCAUUCCUCUUCUGGAUGGGGUUGUGGAACUUGGGACAACACAGAGGGUUGAAGAAGACAUUGGAUUGAUCCAACGUGUGAAGAGCUUCUUCUCCCACUGUCAAAACCCUAAACCUUCAAGGCAAGCCCUAUCGGGCCACUCCACUUCUAACCCUACCUCUUCGGCCCCCGCUUAUUAUUCUCCUCCGCCAUUUGCACCACCACAAGUGGGGGAGAAAGAGGAAGAGGAAGAGGAAGAAGAAGAAGAAGAAGAAGAAGAAGAAGAGGUGGAGUCCGACUCAGAUCAAAACCCUGUUGAAGCAAUGCAGCUUGAUAUGUCUGACCAGGAUAUUAGGGCUGGCUCACCGGAUGAUAGCGAAAAUAAUUUAGGCUCCAAUUUCCACCACCUCGCCGCCAGCCACGGUGGCUUAGAUACGGCUGCAACGAUGCUUAGGUGGCCAUGCAAAAACCCCAUCGUCAACGCCACCCUUCAACCACCGCAUUCAGUGGACAUAAUAGCAGAAGAAGACACCCACUAUUCUCAGACAGUGUCAAGCCUCCUCGAAAACCAGUCAAACCGGUGGUCGAAGCUCUCCUCCGCCUCCGCCUCCGCCUUCUCCAAGUGGCAGGCCGCUUCUUCCAGCCGCCGCCACAACCAAAUCCUGGGCGGAGCCUCCCAAUGGGUCCUGAAAUACAUACUCUUCAGCCUCCCACUCCUCCUCACCAAGCCCCGCGACGACCUCGGCGGCAACCACGUGCUGGCGGAGCGGCGGCGCCGCGAGAAGCUCAACGAGCGCUUCGUGGUCCUCCGAUCCAUGGUGCCCUUUGUGACGAAGAUGGACAAGGCGUCCAUCCUCGCGGACACCAUCGAGUACCUGAAGCAGCUCGAGGAGAGAAUCCAGCAGCUGGAAGCAGAGAGGAAGGGCGGCCGGAGGGAGAAGAGGAAGGCGGAGGCAGUGGAGGUGUCCAUCAUAGAGAGUGAUGCGUUGGUGGAGAUUUCAUGCUUGCAUAGAGGGGGGUUGCUGUUGGAUGUGAUGCAGAUGCUUCGAGGGUUAGGUAUACAUGUCACCACGGUGCAAUCUUCCAUCAAUAAUGACACUUUUUAUGCUGAGUUGAGAGCUAAGGUGACGGAGAGUGCUAACGGCCGGAGACCAAGCAUCAUGGAGGUCAAAACCACGAUAAAGCAAAUAAUUCAACACCAGAUACAAUCAUAGUAUAGUUCAAAAAAUACCUACUUAAAGUGUACUAGAUUAAUUUCCCUUAAAAUUUCA